AAAUAAAGUGCCUUUAAGAAAAUAAGAGGAAGAACAGCGGAAAUCUGUGUAAAAACGAAUUGGAUCUGAAAACAUAUUCACUCUGAAUGUUUCCAUUCAUGUAUUUUGAAAAGUUUCUUUCCACAAAAGAGAUAAACUAUUUUCAGAUGCACAGAAGAAACGACAGAUAGAGGCGCGAUGAUUUUAAGAACAUUCUCGAAUUUGUGCGCACAAUCCCAAGCCUGUUUUCGAUCGGCUCGAGCCAAGAGCACAUUGUCAGCUGUCAUUGACGAGACUGGUAAGUCAGGACUUAUCCUCAAAUCUUUGUCAACAGACAUAUUUGAAAACUUAGCAUUGGAGGACUGGAUACACAAUCAUGUUGACCUCCAAAACCGUAACAUGCUCUUCUUAUGGAGUAAUGCCCCAGCGGUGGUGAUAGGGAGACAUCAGAACCCGUGGCAAGAGUGCAACCUUCAGGUCAUGAGACAGAAAGGGAUACCGCUCGCCAGGCGACGCAGUGGGGGCGGGACUGUAUUCCACGAUUUAGGAAAUGUCAAUUUGACUUUCUUCACCUCCAAGAAAAACUAUGACCGUCACAGGAAUCUCCAAGUUGUGACAAGUGCUCUGAAAGGACUCAGGCCAGACAUGGAUGUACGUGCAACAGAGAGGUUUGACAUCUUGCUGAAUGGCCAACACAAGAUUUCAGGAACCGCUGCUAAAUUGGGAAGGACAGCAGCUUACCAUCACUGCACUCUGCUGUGUUCGGCUGACAGGGCACUGCUGUCCGCGGUGCUGAAAUCCACCUGCCAGGGUAUCAAGAGCAAUGCAACGCAAAGCGUGCCAUCCCCUGUGAAAAACCUGCUGGAUGAGGACCCGACGUUGGACUGUGACACUAUCAUGGAUUCAGUGGCAUCCCAGUACAACACAGAGUUUGGUUUCAGCAGCCCUGUAACACUUGUGGACCCAAGUGAUGAGCUGUCCUUGCCUGGUAUCCAAAGAAUGGCCCGUGAACUGUUGGCAUGGGAGUGGACAUUUGGAAGGACUCCUAAGUUCAGUAUCUGUACGACUUUUGAGUUGAAAAAUGACACAUCUAUCUGCAAUGCAACUCUAAACAUGGACAUCAAAAAUGGCAUUAUAGAAACUUGUGACAUUGAGGUUCCCUCGGACUGGUUACCUGUGGAGUUGUCUCGAGAGUUCUCCUUACACCUGAUAGGUGGGAAAUUAUGUCCCUAUGAGACAUCAGUAAUCGCAGCAGAAUUUCUGAGGACAAUCCCACAAAAUAAAGAACUUGAAAGAAAGAUGUAUAAUCUGUGCCGAAGAGUUGUCUUCAUGAUGUGAAUAAAGCACUGCUGCAUGACA